AUGUCCCAGGCCGGCGGCAGCCCCCGGGCAGAGGACGCGGGGCCGUGUGUCGGGACGCACUCGCGCACGCCGAGCCGGGGCAGCCAGCGAGUCGAGUGCAUCAUCUGCUACUCCUCCUACGACCUGUGUGCGCGGCUGCCGCGGCGGCUCUACUGCGGCCACACCUUCUGCCAGGCCUGCCUGAAGCGCCUCGACGCCGUCACCAACGAGCAGCGCUGGAUCCCCUGCCCGCAGUGCCGCCAAAACACGCCCACGCCGCGCGGCGGGGUCACCAUGCUCGACCUCGACCUGGCCACCUUCCUCGCCGUCAAGGCUGACAAAGAGCAUCCCCGCGCGGCCGGCAGGUCCCAGCCCGACUCGCCCACCAAGGGCUCGUGCAAGGAGAAGGCGGUGACCCAGCAGCCGGCGGGGCUGUGCCAAGACGCGGUGCCUCCGGCGCUGUUCCCCCGCCGCGGCUGCUGCCGGCUGUGCCUGUGCUGCGGGGUGACCGCAGCCUUCGAUAGCUGAGCCCCAGGAGGGGCCUGCCGGCGGUGCGUGGGCAGCUGAGCUCCCGGGGUGCAGCCCGGGACCAUUUCUGGGCACCCUACGCCAUGCC